CAAAUACGGCUUACUUCGUAUCACUUUGGACACUAAGUGAGGCAAUCAUUGAUCCAUUGGUUCCACAAUAACAUCAUCUUAAUCAGCACAAAAACAUCUCACCCAUUACCACCUUAAAUUGCAUCCUUCCACCUAACUAACUAAGCUUCCUCAUCUCACCCUUUACAGUAUAUAUAUGGCAAACAAUUAUUUAGGCCACACACACACACACACUACAACUAAUACCAAAAUUCAUGAUGAAGCAGGUUCUCUUUCCUUCUCUUCUUUUCUUGAUCUUCUUGUUCCAUUGCACCACAGCAGCGUCUCCAGCAGCAGCUCCAGCAGCACCCCCAGCAGCGCCCCCAGCAGCGUCUCCAGCAGUGUCUCCAGCAGCAGUAGCACCGGCAGCAGCAGCACCACCACCACCCUCAGGCCCCACUGACAUCAUCGCAAUCCUCAAAAAGGCUGGCCAUUUCACCACUCUCAUUCGGCUACUAAAAAACACUGAGCUGGCAGAACAAAUCAAUGCACAGGUUAAAAAAUCGAGCCCUGGCCUCACUCUCUUUGCACCAACAGACAAUGCCUUCUCUGACCUCAAAUUAGGCACACUAAACUCACUCAAUGAUAAGCAACAACUCCAGCUGGUGCAAUUCCAUAUCCUCCCUGCUUUCUAUUCUACAUUGCAGUUCCAAACUGCUACAAACCCUGUGCAUACACUGGCUGGUGAUAGCAACAGAGGAAAGUUCCCACUAAAUGUAACCACCUCUGAAAGCCAAGUGAACAUAACAACUGGGGUUGACAGUGCAACAGUGGAGAAUACGCUAUAUACUUCUGAUGGCCAUCUUAUUGUUUAUCAAGUGGACAAUGUGCUUCUUCCAAUGGAUCUUUUUGGGUCAGCUUCAGUAUUGACACCACCUAAGCCUGAGAAAAGCGAUACUGAUACUCCUGCUCCUACUGCACAAACUUCUGGUGCAACAAGUCCAACCCGUCAAGCAGUGGCACCGAUAGUGUUCGGAGUUGGAUUUGGUGCCAUAUUUUCCUUGUGGCUAUGAUACUUUGUGUUACCAAUUGCCUUUGGAGUUGCAUUUGGUGCCAUUUUUUCAUUGUGGCUAUGAUAUUUUGUGUUGAUUAAUGUUGAUGAGAUCUUGUGUGCUACCACUGUUGUAAUUUUUUAAAAAAUAAAUCAAUUUUCUUCUGGAAAUAAUCUCUCCCAAAGAAUAUUAUUUGCCAUUUUAUGAUAUAGGGAGUGAAAGAGUAAAGCCUCCUCCUUCACUCCUCCGUAUAGAAACUUAUUUUACUUGGUCCUUAAUGGCAGGGCCACUAUGUGGAUAAUAAGAAAUUUUUGUAUAUUAUUGUAAGAGAAUUUAAUCAACUGAGAGUCUAAUGACAAUUACAUGAACUUCAACUUUUGAGCAAAUAAUUGUUUGCUUUGUGAACUAAACAGUAAAAUAAACUCAACUGUGUCAACCAGAAUCCAUGGCGGGUUUGAUUCCAAAAGAAUCAUUAUAGAAAGA